AUGGUCAACGCCACCGAGGAACCCAAGGAGACAGCUCAGUCGCACACGCCUCGUACGCCGCCGCUUGCCGCUGCCCUUGAAGCCUUACAUGCUGAUGCCAAUUCUCAAGCUGGAGCCGAAGAUGCGACGGCCUCCACCCCCGAAGCCGCUGUCGAGGAUGGCGGUCUCGACCUGUCGAUGAAGAAAAAGAAGAAGAAGAAGGUCGUCAAGGAAGGCGACGAUGCCGCCGAGGACGCCCCCGCUGGCGAGGACGGCGGCGUGGACCUGACCAUGAAGAAAAAGAAGAAGAAGAAGAAGGUCACCGGGGACGCCGAGGAUGACGAGUUCGCCGCCAAGCUUAAGGCUCUGGAUCUCGAGGGUAACCAGGAGGGUGGUGAGGCCGCUGAGGAAACCGCCGAUGACGGCGACAUGGACGCUGGCACCGGUGUCUGGCAGCACGACGAGACCAAGGCCCUGGGCUACCACCUGCUCCUGGACCGCUUCUUCCACCAGCUCUCCCAGAAGAACCCCGACCACGCCCUCAGCGGCUCCAAGAGCUACAAGAUCCCUCCCCCGCAGUGCAUGCGUGAAGGCAACAAGAAGACCAUCUUUGCCAACAUUGCUGAGAUCUGCAAGCGCAUGAAGAGAACCGAGGAGCACGUCACCGCCUAUCUCUUCUCCGAGUUGGGUACUAGCGGUUCCGUCGACGGUAGCAGACGCCUGGUUAUCAAGGGUCGUUUCCAGCAAAAGCAGCUCGAGAACGUGCUGCGCAAGUACAUUAUCGAGUAUGUUACCUGCAAGACCUGCAAAUCCGCCGACACCGAGCUGUCCAAGGGAGAGAACCGUCUGUACUUCAUCACCUGCAAUUCUUGCGGCUCGAGACGUUCCGUUACUGCCAUCAAGACCGGUUUCUCCGCCCAGAUCGGCAAGAGAAGAAAGAUGCAGGGUUAA